ACGCCGCCGUGAAGCCGUUGUGGCCGCCGAGCCCCGGCAGAGCGUCCCCGGGAGCCCGGCUCCUCGCGACGGCGCGGGCGACCUGGCCAUGUGAACACAUGAAUAGAAGAAGAAAAUUUCUUCUUGCCUCAGUUCUUGCUCUCCAGAAUUCGAGUUUUAUAUAUCCUUCAUGUGAAAAGUGCUUCUCUCGGGUAAUCCUCAUCUCCACAAGGUCAAAUUGUCCAAAAUGUGGCUCUACUGGUGAAGCUGAAAAUGUCAGCUACAGAUACAGACUUUCCUUAAAAGUUGCAGAAUCAAACAGAUUAUUUGGCAUUACUGUAUUUGGAAGCUGCUUAGAUACAUUUUUUGGUCUUACAGCCACUCGUUUGUACAGGUACCUGCAGCAUCCUAAUGAAAUUCCAGGAACACUGGACAGCAACACAACUCAAAACCUAUUAACUAAAGCUGUAGAAACUUGCUUUGUCGGACGGUGCUUUAUUUUUGGAGUGACGAAUUUUGAAAACCACCAUGGACGAGGUUCGGAUUCUAGUCAUUUCCUAAAGCAGUGCCUUGACCGUAAGAGAGAAGUUAAAGCACUGGUAGCUUGCCAGAUCCUUCUACCAUACGCAGGUGUUGCAGGUUUCACUGUCAUUGAUUAUUUCCAUCAGCUUUUGUACCUUUCUGGUUUCAGAAAACUUCACUGUGGCUCCCAGACAACUAAUAGCCACAUUCUUGCUUUAGAACAGUCAAAUAGUGAUCUCAGCAGCAUAUAUGGCUCUGACAAAAUUUCUAGUUUUGAGUCCCAUGUCAGAGAUGAUGUUUCAAGACUCUGGCAGUCAUCAUUUGAACUUACUUCCAUUAUUUCACAACUAACAGAUAGUGAUGACUUUUCGGCUUCAGAACCAAGCAAGGCCACUACUACUCAUCACCAGGACGCACAGUGCAUCUCCUUUGUCAAGGCCACUGGUUCCAGUAGCUGCUGUGACACCAUUCAGGGUUCGUGGAGCAUUGUUUCAUACGAGGAUAAAAAGACUGCAGCACAAAAGUCGGGUAAAGAGCUUGGUUUACAGACUAAUCAGUCAAGUAUAGUUCACAACAGUCAUCAUGAAAUUGGAAUUACUGACUGUGAUUUAUUUCCUUUGAAAACGCAAGAGCCCAUUGAGCCAAAAAAUAAAAAAUUAUUUGACAGUACAGUGGAAAGUAGAUACUCCCAGCGUGAUCUGACAUGUUACCAGCAUCACGAUGUGGAUACUACCCCUCAUCUUCAGGAGAUAUCUGCAUGUUUUCCAUCUUUAUCACUCAGAAUUAAAGAGUUACCUACUGCUUCCGAGGAUGGUGACCUGGAAAUAUGGGAUGAUCUGCCAUUUUCUGAAAGCCUGAACAAGUUUCUGGCAGUUAUCGAAAAUGAGAUUGCUCUAUCCCAGACAGAAGCCAGUAGUAAGAACAGUGACCUAGGUAAUGACAUCAGUGAAGUACGUGAAGACCACAGCAGGUUAUCUGUAACUCCCCAGAGAACUACUGAAGCCUUUCAUAUGCCACCUAUCGCAUUAAGAUCAUCACAGGCAAACUCUAGCAAAGAUAACUACCUUUGGAAUUGUGAAGCUGAUCCAUGCUCUCGUGUUCAGAAGGCGUCUCAACCAGGUAACACGGAGGCUGUCACUAUAAGUAAAAAUGGAAUAGAUACUUCCCUACCACAUCUGUCAGCUGUGUUUCCACCUUCAUCAAAAUAUUUAGAAACAGCAGUCACUUUUCAGAAGUCUGCCAGAAUUCCAUCACUUACAGCUGAAAUUUCACAUACGCAUCAUACAUCACAAAGUGACCAUUCUUGUCUCAAUAUCAAAUAUGUUCAUGAUCGUGAAGAAAAUUCCCUUUCAGAAAUAAAUGAAAAGUUGACAAUUUGGCAUUCCAAGGGGUAUAAGGAUGUUUCUGACCUUUGCAACCUAGAAAAUAAACAAUAUAGGUGGGCAAAGAACCAAGGUGAUAGUUUUGCAAUUUGUAGGAAACUUACAUACCCUUCAGACACUCUUUUCAGUAGUCCAGAUAGAAGUACAGAUACAUUGAAAGAAAUGCCUUAUGAACACAUCAAUGGUAAUGUAACACAGAACUGUUCUUCUAAUGAUGAAGGUAGCUACAAUGCUUCUGCUGAUCUCUUUGAUGAUAGUGCUAAAGAAGUGGACAUUGAAACAGAAAUGAGCAAAAAGUCAAGGGGUAAUUUGGUACAAUGGGGAAAGUCUUUGACAAAAAGUCACCAUAGAAAAUACAAUUUUUCACUGAGAUCACUUUCUGAAAACUCUAUCCAGUCUUCACAAAAGUUAUCCUUGCAAAGCACAUCUGCCUCUUUGUAUCCAAAAACUUGCUUUUCUUCACCUCAUUUUCAGUCAGAUUCAGAAUAUGAUUUUGAAGAUAGUCAAGACUUCAUUCCGUGUUCACAGUCAACUCCAGUUGCAGGAUUCCACCAGACAAGAAUUCAUGGAAUGAACAGGCCUUUUAAAAAAUUGCCUGCCUUUAAAUCAUAUCUUGAUGUUAACUACAAUAAAACAAGGACUUUCUCUGAAAAUAACAAACAGCAAGCUACCUCCAGCUGUCACGAAAAUAUUAAAACACCCAGGCAGAAAUCCAGGAGUCCUGUUUUAUCUAAUAUUAUACAACCCGUGGAUUUCAACAACUGUCUUACUCCUGAGUGCCUUGAAACUGAUGCUGAUGAAUGGGUCCCUCCUUCCACAGAGAAAAGAUUUCUUUCAGAAAUUCUUGAAUUGCAAGCCAGGGGUUUGAGGAAAUGCCUUGCUGCCUGUAAUUCUCCUGUUUCAAAACAGUUACCAAGAAAGAAACUGAAAUAUAUCAAACAAAGAACUAAAAAAUGUUUAAUUAAGGAGUUAAGUACAAAUUCAGACUGGAUUUCCAAAGGGUCAGUUUUAGGACUUGGUUCUUGUUCAGCAGUCAAAUGUUGCCUUCCAUAUUCAGAAAAUUGGCCAUUUUCAGUGUCUGAAAAUAAAGGUGCUUGGUCUCCUGAAUUGUUUUCCCAAAAAAUCGGCUGAGCCAAUUGCUCAACUUGUAAAGGUAAGUCUAUUUGGAAACUUCUGCUUCCAGCGGUUUGCAUAGCAUUCUGGCCAUUUUGAACACUUACUUAAAAAGAAGCAAAUGGAAAAGAGGUACUGUUGUUCCUUUUAAAAUGUUGUAAAGCCAUUUCCUCCCCCAGUGUUUUAACCAGAAUACUUUGAUUCCGUUAACUUGGCACUUUAUCUUAUCUGGUUGAUUAUCUUUAGUAAUAUUGUUAAUUUUGCUCGUGAGAAGUAUUUGUUAAAAUCACAUGUACAUUUAGAAAUAAAGCCUUUGCAACCAAAACUUAGUCUUAAUUGAUCAGCUUACACCAGAAAAUGUCUGGUAUGUAUUAGGCCAAAUACUGUAGUGUAAGUGCCCUUUAUUAUAAGAAUGCUAUCAACUAUUUUUGAAAGGAUGUGAAAUAAAUGUAUAUAAACUUUAAAAUCUACUCUAGCUUCAAUUCAUUAAGCACUUGCUACCAUAUAAUUAGUAAAAAGGUAAUGUAAAAGUAUAAAUAUAAACUGCUAGUUUUUAUUUCCCUAGAGUGUUUACCAAGGAAAACAAAAUAUAGACUACUAAAUUUAACGGGGUAAUUUAAGAUGUAUGGUUUUCUACAUCAGCAUUAUUCAUUUUAACUGAUUUUCUGAAAGGCGUAACUAUACCUUUAUGACAAAUUUUACAUAGGUACCAGAAUAUUAAGUCGUAUCAUGACCACCCACACUUUUCUUUUAGUUACUCAUCAUUAAGGAGUCAAUAGCCGUAUCUGGAGCUUAUACUUAUGUGCAGCCCCUCUGUCAGGUUCUAUCUUCAUCAAAAAGUAUUCAGCAGAUUGUUUAUUAAAUUCCAAGAAUAUACCUGACAUUGGUAGAUUUCAGUCCUCAAGAUGCUCAUACUCUAACAAAUGAUGGCACAUACUUUAUAUCAUUUAACAUUCACACCAUCCUCUGAAAGAGGUAUUAUUAUCCCAUAUCCUCUACUUUCUGUAAAACAGAAAUAAUACCUCUUAAAGCUGCUGUGAGAGAUAAGAUAAUAACUGUGAACAUGGUUCCUGCCGUCAGUGUUCCUUCCACACCACCACACCUGUCAGUGUAAGAAUUUUCUUUUCUUUCCACCUACUACUUUAUCCCUUAGAUUCCAUUUCAAAUUAGCAUCUGCUGUAUAGUUUCGAUACCUUCAGCCUAUUCUAAUUCCUUGUAGCCACCAUCGCCUUGCGCCGUCAGUCUUCUAUUAAAAUUCAGUCCUUUUCUGACCCCAUCCUUCUCUAAGCACCCAAAGUAGUUUUUGAAAUACUUCAUCACUGAUAUUGGUGUGAAUUCUAUAGAAAACAAUUUGGCAGUAUCUAUGAAAAAUUUUAAAUCCAUGUGCCUUUUAAAAGCAGAUAUUCUGUACAGCAUUGUUUGAAUAGCAAAUUAGUGAAGCAAAUAUCUAUCAGUAAUGAUUUUACAUGUGUAGAGUAUUGCUGGAAGGAUACACAAAAUCUAUUGAAAAAAAAAGCAAAGUACAAAACAUUGUAUUUUAAAAAUAUAUAAUCAUGCAUAUUUCAUGAGUUCAUAACAAUAUUUUAAGAACGAGUCACCUUCAAUUGAUGAUAGAAAACUAAUUACUGGAAAAACUGAUAAAAACAAAGGGAAAGAAAUAUCUUUUAUAUGA